CUUGAAAUGAGAAUGUUGUGUAGUAGAAAUCUACUCGUGGUAAACGUGAAACUACCAAGUAUUUCAUUUUACAGUGCUUAUUUCUGAAACAAUUGUGAAUAGCGAAAAAAACUAUUGAUUUAAUUAUGAAACAAAAACGUUUACCUAUUUCACAAAAUGAAUUUUGGCCUGUCGCUAAUAAUAAAUUUGACAUUAAUUGUAGCAUGCUCUGUAUUAUACACUUCGCAAGACAAUAUAUCGGAAAAUAAUGAACAAAGUCCCGUAACCAAAUAUUUGGAUUUUGAUGGCGGUCUCCUGGUAGUUUCUACCUUGGAUGGCUCUUUAAUUGGUAUAGACCAAAAGACAGGAAAAGAACGAUGGACAUUAAAAAACAAACCUGCAGUAAAGGUUGUAAUGAAAACAAAGCCAGUAGUUGGCCCCUUAUUUUUUCCUGACCCGAGGGAUGGUUCAUUGUAUUUAUUGAAUACAGAAGAAAAAAAUGGAUUAGCUAAACUUCCAUUUUCAAUUCAGCAACUGGUUGCUGACUCUCCUACAAAAACCAGUGAUGGCAUCUUUUACUUGGGUAAAAAAAUAGAUUCUUGGCUUUCUAUAAAUCCACUCACAGGAGAAAAGCAAGAGCUAUUCAGCACUGAAGAAUUUGAAAAGAUUUGUCCUGUUCAGGAGACUAGUUCAAACUUUUUGUUUCUUGGAAGGACAGAAUACAACCUUGCACUUUAUGAUAGUUUGAAGAAUAGACAUAGUUGGAAUAUUACUUUUAGUGACUAUUCUGCCCGCCCUCUCUCUAAUGAUCAGCUCAGUAAUUAUGGUUAUGUCCAUGUAUCAGGCAGUGCUUCUGGAAGAGUAAGGACAUUCGAUAGGAAUAGUGGACUGUUGUUAUGGGAGAAAGAUUUUGGUUCUCCGAUGGUAUCGCUCUAUUGGAAGGGGGUUCAGGAUGUUUACAGCAUUCCAUUCACAUCAGCUGCUGAUUCUUCACUAGACUCUCUACCAUUUAUCUUACAUAGAGAUAAGCACCAAUCUACACUUUAUAUUGGUGAACAUAAUGAUGGCUUCUAUGCACUGCCAUCGGUAGCAGAUUUUAAUGUUCCAAUCCUUUCCUUAAAUACUCUCUCAUCUCGUUAUCUGAUUAGCGGACCAAACAGUGAGGAGAUUAACAAUGCUCUUGUUGCAGGUCAUUACAAAAUAUCUUCAUUCAAAAAGAACCACUUCUUGCAAAUAACUGGUAAAUCUAAUCCUGUUAUUUAUGGUACCAUAUCUAACAUGACAGAAAAGCAAAAGAGGCCUGUUGUCACUAGUAAUGAUACUAUUGGGAACCCUUAUCUUAGCAGUGAGAGUAAAAUAUUAGUUUUGGUGAUCAUAAUAUUGACUGUUGUUUUUACUGGAAUGUUUGUCUAUAUAAUGAGACAGGUGAGAGAGAUUAAGCAAUCAUCGCAGGGUAGCAAUCGUGACUCUGGUAGUGGAAUUUAUCAGCCCUACACCAUACAAAAGGGAAUAGUUACUGUAGGUAAGAUUUCCUUCGACACUCAGCGAAUUCUGGGGAAGGGCUGUGAAGGAACAUUUGUUUUUAGAGGAGAAUUUGAUGGGCGUGAUGUUGCUGUCAAACGAUUGCUUCCUGAAUGUUUCACCAUUGCCGAUAGGGAAGUUCAGUUACUCAGGGAAUCGGACUCACAUUCAAAUGUUAUAAGAUAUUUUUCGACAGAACAAGAUAGUCAAUUCCGUUAUAUUGCACUUGAACUGUGUUCAGCAACUCUUCAGGAUUAUGUUGAAAAGGGUAUUCACAAAGAUGAUAUAAGUUGUGUUGAUCUCCUAAAACAGGCCACUUCAGGCUUGGAACACUUGCAUUCCUUGAAGAUAGUCCACAGAGAUAUAAAACCGCAUAAUAUUCUGCUUGCUGUCAAAAAUACUGAACCUAAAAUCCGUGCGAUGAUCUCUGACUUUGGUCUUUGUAAGAAACUUGCAAAUGGUAGAAUGUCUUUCUCAAAGAAGUCAGGCAUCACGGGUACUGAGGGAUGGAUAGCCCCUGAAAUGGUCAACACAUCUGGGAGAAUUAUGUCAGCUGUUGACAUAUUCUCACUUGGCUGUGUUUAUUAUUAUACCUUGAUAGGAAAACAUCCAUUCGGAGAUCCUUUGAGGAGACAGAGUAAUAUUCUGCUUGGAGAACACAAAAUGACACACAUAAAUGAUGACUUAUGGAAGUCUCUCAUUUUGAAGAUGAUCAGCAACAACCCUUUUGAUCGGCCUUCAGCUACUGUAAUAAAAAAACAUCCUGUCUUCUGGGCAAAGAACUUUGUUCUUCUAUUUUUUCAGGACAUAAGUGAUAGGAUUGAAAAGGAGAGUGUAGAAAGUGAGGUAUUGAUCGAACUGGAGCGGGGAGGUGAGGCUGCUCGACGCGAUGACUGGAGGCAGUACAUCGAUCCAGAGGUCAUCGAAGACCUUGGCAAGUACAGAUCAUACAGAGGAGAUAGCCUUCGGGACCUGCUUAGAGCUUUCAGGAAUAAGAGACAUCAUUACAGGGAUCUAUCUAAAAUAGCCCAAGAAUUGUUGGGUGAUAGUCCUGAGCUCUAUGUACAUUAUUGGCUUUCUCGUUUUCCUCAUCUACUUUAUCAUGUAUGGUCUUCUAUGCAAUUUCUUCAGAAAGAGGUUCCAUUCGCUUCCUAUUAUGACAAGGAUUAUAUAUUUCCUUGUUGUAAAACAGAUAUAAUACCUCAGUGGAUGUUAGAACCUAAAAUACCUUUGAAUGAACCUCAAAAAAUGAAAAAAUCUCCUAGUAAACAGUUAAGGAAGAGGACGAAAGGUGAUUCGUUACGCAAUCUUUAUAAAGAAAAAGGUACCAAUGAGGAAAGCAGAGAAAUUUGGAUUAAAAAUGGCGAGUUAAAUGGUGCAUGGAGACCUCGCCAUGUUAGGGAUCCUGAAAAUAAAUCAUUAAUUUGGAAGUUAUCACCAUCAUAGUUGUAAAAUAUUUACCAAUGUUUUAAUAUUAAUUUUUUACUGAAUUUGUCCAUCUAAUAUCUCAAAAUGUAAAUAAAAUCAUCUAAGAAAUCAUGGAUAUGAAUGGACAUAAUAGAUUAGAAUUCUUAAUGUUGUAAACCUAUGAAUUUUUUUUAAAAAAGUAUGCAUUUAUUUUUUAAACUAGUACUUAUUAAUUUACUAACACUAUUGAAAAUUUUUACUAUGAAUAGUAAACUUGACAGUAAUGAUAUUAAGAUUUACCUGAUAUAACAAAAUUCUUGUUAUUUACAAAGUUUAAAAUUAACAAAAUGGUUAGAAAAAGAACAAACUUCUACAUAUUUUGAAAAUAAGGUAUUUUUAAAAUUUAAACUGAUGUUAUGACUUAUUGUAUGCAAAUAUAUAUAUAUAUAUGGCUUAUGUAAUGAAUUUACAUAAUUAAUAAGUAACUUAGUAUAAAUAAAUGAUCUCAAGUUGUAUACUUAUUAACUAAUAAUACUUAAUUAAUUCAUAAAUUUAUUUAUGUUCUCAUUAAAUUACUUGACUUCUGUAUUCAGUUUAAUUGUGAAUUCAACUUUGUGGAAUUAUGGAAAGAAAUAUUGGAGAACUUUUGAAACAUUUAGGAAAAAAGGAACAAUUAAAAAAAAACUGUUUUCAUACUAGACCACUAGUAAAUAUUAAUUAUUUUUGCUAAUUUUCUUCUUAUCAUCAAAAGAUUUGUUUAACUCUAGAUUUGCCAUGCAUAUUUUAGGUUAAUUAAAACAAAGACUACACUGACAUAUCAAAAUAGCCAUAGAUGCUGCCCUUGAAUUCAAUUUCAAAACUACUUAUGUAAAAUCCAAUUAAAAAUUAAUUUAACUAAAAACGAGUAUUUUAAAGUAUCUGCCAAUACUACGGGGUUGUGCCUGUUGUCUCAUAUUUGUACUUCUUCCUUCACAUUAAUCUAGUGUUAAACUAUAUGGUUUAUUUAUUUUGGUUUAAUUUAACAUUUGAUGAAUUAGUUAUUAAGAAUAAACAUACAAUAAAUAUAAAUAUGAGUAUGAGUUUCUAGUACAUAUUUGUAUUCUUAUAGUAAAUUUCUACUUAAAAAUUAUUACUCCAAAUUGUGACUACAGCUCGCCUAAAAUUAGAUAGCACCCCGAGGCAAACUCGUGCAGAGAAGUUAAACUAAUUUAAAUUUCCUUAUUCUUUGAUUUUUUUUUUUUUUUAAUAUAAAUUAAGUAGGGACACUGUUAACUGAGAAUCUUGGGUGAUUUCGGUUUUUGGCUGGUUAAUAUGAUAUGUACUCAUUUCAAAGGAAAAUAUUAACAGAAAUAUAGAAUGGCACUGUUUUAUGGAAUAUAUACUGUUUAUGAAAUGAUUUAUGUCUUUGGAAAUAUAAGAAAAGACGUAUUUGAAGUGAUUUCUUUUCUCUAUUGCCUUUUUUUCACUAGACCGGUUAAUGUGAAUGAUAGUUAAUGCAUGGUUGGUGAAAGGAGUCCUACUGUACGCAGGACGCAACCAUUAUAAAGUUUUUGUUGGUGCCGACGUUUCAACCCAAACAUGUGGGUCAUCAUCAUGUGGCUUCUCUGCAGGAUGAUCCACAUGUUUGGGUUAAAACGUCGGCACCAAUAAAAACUUUAUAAUGACUUUGUCCUGAAUAUUUAUCACCCAUGAUAUGUAGAUCAGUCGAUAAACUUCCUUCAAUAAGAUCAUGCUAAAUUGUAAUAAAUGUAUAUAUUUGAAAGUAUAAUUGAAGGGUGAUAAAAAAAAAACAAAAAAACCAUUAGUUCUAAUAUAGUGCUAUUUGAUUUGUGCGCAAGCUAUAGAAAACAUUUCCAUCCAUUGAAAAAAAAUCUAUUUUUUCAAAAGUUAUGGCUCAAGAGUAAUAUGUAAGGAGCUACCAAUGGGCUUUAAAUACUUAUUAUUCAUCUCAUUUAAUCUUUAAUGUUGAAAUGAGUAAUAUUUUGUACUUAUACUGAGGAAUGUGGCAUCUAAAUAUUGUAAAUUAUUUUUAUAAAAUAAAAACACAAUUUUAAAUUAAUUCUGCAAGAUUAUGAAUUUAUAUAACUGUAAAGUGAAAAAUAUACCUUUCUUUUAAAGAUGGAAACUAAUCU